AUGGGUAUAGAUGAUUCUUAUUUUGAUGAAGAUAUUUUACAAGUUAUAUUAAAUUUCGAAAAUAAAUCCGAUUAUGACCAUAUCAGAAGAACUUCGGAAAACUACAGAAAUCAUAACAGAUGCGUUCAUUACAUUCCAGAUGAAAUUGACCCAGAAUUCGCUGACUUAGUUCCUCAUAAACCGUCAAAAGGUGGAUCCAGAUCCGAAAAAAUUGAAUACACUGACGAUGAGGAUCCGCCAGCGGAUGAAGAACCGUCAGAAUCUGAAAAUCUUUCACUUCCAACAGAUUAUCCAAAAUUCAACAAAAAAUCUAUAUUUGGUUCCGAUAUCAAAGUACCACCAGAUUGGAAAAGGUUUUCAUUUUUCUUCAAGGCGAAGGAAAUUCCAGAUGAUCCUCAAGAAUUCCAAAAUUUAUUAUCCAAAUUUAAACAAGAUCUUUAUAAUACGUACUCGUCUUUAAUUCGUAUUAAUGAAGAAAAUAUCUCGGCUGUUGCAGUUUACGAUUCUCAGCAAGCAAAAGAAAUUAUGAAUUCAGCUUUUACUGAUUUUCAUAACUUUGGGAAAAUUAAGAUAAACGCAAUCAAUUAUCUUAACGUCCUCAGCCACAAUCCACCAUCUCUUGAAAUGAUAGCAGAUUUUCAUCCUGAUUUGAUACAACUUCCACAGACACUCAGAAAAACUCAUGAUAAGCCUAAAAAACUGUUUCGUACCGAAAUGGCUAACAAAAAGUGA